AUUGAGAACUGCCUCCAUAUUGCCAAUCAGUGCGUAUUGUGCCCAUACAGUAUAUAGAACUGUUGUCUACUGUAAAUGAUUGACCAAAUCUCGUCUCAAGAAUGGAGAAAUGGAUGAUAGUUAAUUUUGUACAAUCACAUCGGCUGAGUUGUCCUUCAACAGAUGUGGGCGGCAUCUACACAGAAACGGUUUGGGAAUUAUGUGCUGCUCUGACAAUCUCUGCGUCAAAAACAGAGAAUCAAACGAAACACGGCAGCAUUUCUCGACUGUAAUAGGCUGAGCGUGGUGAAGUAGGCGGGCUGAUUUUCAGCUGUCAGUGAAGUGCUCUGUACGAGAAGGUAGAACAGACUUCGAUCAGCGACAUUCACGACAACAAUUAACAAACGGAUAAAAAAAGAGAAAAACAUAGGGAUAAUGGACCUGAGCUUGCAUGACGCUUUCACGGACAAGGCGCCUAAGUCAGGACCGGACAGCCUGGCGAGGAGGGACUUCAUGGCCUCCCUUGAGAAAGAAACCUUUGAUGACAAAGUGGGCGAGACUGUAGGAAAGACUGACUACCGCCCUCUGCUGGACGGGAAGGAUGGGAAAGGAUCCAGUAUGAUGCCAGGAGGACAAAUGGGGACGAGGAUGCAGUGGCAAGAACCAAUGGGAGAAAAGCAUCCCUGUCCAACUGGACAACAGUCUGCCGUCAAUUCUGACUACCUUUCAGGUCCAGUGUCUAGUAUGAUGGGGAUACCUGGUGAUCAGUGGGGGAACCAGAACAAAGGAAUGAAGGACAGCAACAUACCAGAUUCUCUCAUGGGUUUCUCCCAGCCAGGGAUGAUGAAUAUGAACAUGGGUUCAGGAGGUAUGGGGGGCAUGGCUCCAUUCCAGACAGACAUGCCUCCUAUGGGCAACUCACAGAAAGCCUCUCCUCUGUUUGCCUCUGAGCCCCACAAACAGUCCCAGUCCCAGGCCCCCUUUAAGCCCAACGACUCAUACCCCUCUGCCCCGGGUCACAACACCCAGUCCCAGGACAACUCUGCAGUUUGGACAAACCCAAACCCCUGGGCAGGUGGUGAGUCCGGGCUGCAAGCCUCAGAGGGUCUCAGCCUUUCCCCCAGCGACUCAGUGGAGGAGAGCCCCAACUCCGACCGCCUCAGCCCCCACGGCCAGGAGACUGGCUCUGGGGACGAGAGGGGGACCGGGGGGGUCAACAGCAGCAGCAAGCAGCAGAAGAGGAAGAAGAAGAAAAGGAGGCCCAGAGAGGAGGUGUAUGACUUCAUGGACAGGCAAGAGGCUCCGGACUCUUCGAAGGAGGAGGAGGGUGAGACAGAGAGCAGAGCCUCGGACUGCCCUCUGAGUCUGUCCUCCCCGAGCAAGGAGGAGAGCUGGGAGUGUGAGAUGCGAGGGAGGGGAGGGGGUAGGGUCAGGGGCAGGAAGAAUAAGAGCAGGAUGAAGCUGCCAGAGGAGUGGGGGCCAACACCCCAGGAGCCCACGACACCCCAUGCCACCCCAGCCUCGGUGUCUGCAAUGGUGAUGGCCUCCGGUCCGUUAAGUUCAACCCUAGAGAACAUCUCCUCCCUCAUAGCCGACCCACAGACUAACCCCUUUAGCAGUUUUAUAGAGGACACCAAACCCUCUCACACCUCCACUGCCCCACCACUCACUGAGAACCCCAAACCAAGUCACAUCCUCAACAAGGACCCUGCCCUAACAGACACUUCCACUAGUAACUUGAACAUGUUUGAGCAACCUUCGCCAGCCAAGGUAAACAUGGAGUGGGAGGCUGAGGCUCCUGUUAAAAACACUGCCUCUGCUCCCCUCCAUUAUGAACCCAUGUGUAUUGAUGACUUUAAAAUGCCCCCUCCCUUAGCCACAAAAGAUGUCCUACCCCCCAAGAAGGAGGAGGCAGCUUUGUCCUUCACUGACAAAGUCUCCUCUGAUCAUUGUCGUCGUGAGGCCAACGCAUCUAUUACUGACCAGAGGCAACUGGGUCCUCAGAGCUCCCCAGGCUUCAGCCCCCAGGUCUCACAGACCUCUUUCCUAGACUCUGUCCUGCAGACCCCCUCAGCCAGCACCCCUGCUUCACAGCCACAGGCCCAGUCUCAGACCACCACACCCCAGGGCCUUCCUCCAAACACCACCACCUCCUCCUCUUUCCAGUGCACUUCUCCUCCACUGUUUAGCCACUCCUCCCAGCCUGAUCAUGACACUCCCAGUCCCCGCCCUGCAGUGGGCUCAGGCCUCAACCCUGCAGCCCCACCCUUUAUCCCCACUACACUGCCACUCACAGAGCACCAGGAGCCACCGCUGCCAGAGCCCCCCCUGCUGGAAGUGAAAGCAGAAAAUAAGGACAAACAAGAGAAGGCUGAUUUCUUCCCCAAGAUGGAUAACUUGAACAUGUUUGAUAAGACCGAGAAGUCGGACAAGAUGGAGAAGAUGGAGAAUAAAGAGAAAGAAGAUCAAUCUAAGAAAGUCAAUGCUGACAAGACAAACAAAUCUGAGAUCCUCAAAGAUGAAGAGAAGAUUGAUAAGACAGAGAAAAAUGUUAAAAAUGAAAAAGUGGACAAGCCAGAGAAGACCAACAAAGAUGAGAAGAUGGAGAAGAAAGAAAAUGGAGAGAAAACGGACAAGAUGGUUAAAGUUGAGAAGAAUGAAAAGGCUGGGAAAGGUACUGCAAAGUCCCCAACAACCAUCAGAAGCAAGCAGGACCUCACCAGCCCAGACAGUAAGGCCAAGCCUGCUGUUGGGUCAACCAAACCAAACUCUGUCAAAACACGGCCCACCUCUCUGUCCACUGGGGAUGCAGCUGCCCCCCUAAAACGUUCCGCCCCCACCUCCAGCUCUGCCAAUAAAAAAAUUCCUCUUACCAAGGCAACCACUCCCACUGCUGGCACCAAGCGGCCAACUGCCGCUCCCAGUCAAACCCCUACAGCCACUAAGUCCAAGACUCCGGAAAAUGGCACUUCUGACAGACGUCCUCCUGUGCCAAAGGCCAAUGGCACGGCCAAUAAGAACAGUUCCUCUACUACCGCCACUACUAAACCUGCUGGGCCACGCCCCUCUGCUAAUGCCCCCUCUCUGCGCCGCAACACAGUUCCCAAGACUGAUAUCAAGCCAAGUGACGUGAAGAAGCCUACUACGCUGAAGACAACACCAGCCAAGCCCAGGGUACCUCACACUUCUGCUACUGCUCCAAGCACUCCUGUAACCAACGGGGAGCAGCCUCGCAGACGCAUCACCAAACCCCCGGUGCCCAAGCAGACGCCUAUGGAGAGGAAGCCAGCUGUACCCAGAGCUCCUAGGACUCCCAGGCCCAUUAACGCACCCCUGCCAGACCUGAAGAAUGUGCGUUCCAAGAUCGGCUCCACAGACAACAUGAAGUAUCAGUCUACUGGUGGCAAGGUCUCCUCGGCGGGGGGUUCCCAAUCCAAAGACGGCCAGGGCAAGGUUAUGAUAGUCCACAAAAAACUGGACUUCAGCCAUAUCACCUCCCGCUGUGGCUCCAAGGAUAAUAUCAAGCAUGUCCCUGGUGGAGGGAAUGUCCAGAUUCAGCAUAAGAAGGUGGACUUGAGCAAAGUGACCUCCAAGUGUGGCUCUAAGGACAACAUCAAGCACAAGCCAGGUGUGUCCACUACAGGGGGUGGAGAUGUGAAGAUUGAGGCUAAGGCCAAUGGUAAUGGCAAGCCCAAGGUGGGGUCAAUGGACAAUAUUGGCCUUGAGGCAGAGGAUGGACAAAACAAGGCUGGGGGGAUGCAGGAGAAAGCUGAGGGGAAAACAUCUCCCCCUGGUGGAGCUCCAGCCACAGGUGCAAGAAGUAUGGCUAAGGAGAACGGACAUAAGGAGGCCACACCUCAGCCUAAUCCCUUUGGGGGUGAUGGGCUGCGAGACCCGAUAGGCAUGGGCAUGGACAAACGCAUCCCUGAGACAACAGAUUGAGUCUUACAAGCUGAGCUUUCGCAAGUGUGCACGGGCUCGCACGAACCACGGCGCCGACAUCAUCUCCCGGCCCACCCCGAUUGGCAGCCACCCCUCACCCUCAUCGCAGCACCUCUCUCAGUGUUUCUCUGGGGUCCGCCAGCUUUCUCCACCACACCCUCCAGCUCCAACCCAGACCCGCGUCACCCAGACAUGAGGCAGGGGAACAACUACUGAAUGCUAGCAGGACAGGGACUUCUUUAGCACAUUCCAACUUCCUUCAGCACCUUCAUUUGACCUUUUACCUCUCCUUUUACCAUACUGUAUCUCAUCACUACUCUCUGUCCUUGUGGAAUAUCUUUCCUAGUCCUCUGGUCUUAGAGGAGCCAGUAUUAAAGUAUAGAGAGCAGAGUUCAGAUAGAUAGACAAGCUCUUAUUGUACAGUGGGGUUUGGUCUCUUCUGAAUUGCCCUGGCUUAACUUGCUGUGAUAUAAGGAGAGUAGUAUGACCUCAGAGUGAACCUUCUAGAAUCUAGUCCCUCUGUGUUCUGUUAUAGUUAUGUCAGCGCAGAGUGAAACGUAUUAUACUGCCUGAUUCUUUUGUUCCAGCCUAUAAUUUCUGUUCUUAUACGUAGUGGCACCUCGAUGAAAAUCACAAACACCUUCAGUGUCACACUGUACAUUAGUAGCUAUUUUACGUCAGACCAUCACAAUGAGCCAAUGCUAUCUAUGUUUUAUUUAUUUAACCUUUAUUUAACCAGGUAGGCAAAUUGAGAACACGUUCUCAUUUACAAUUGUGUGACAGGCCUUACCCUAGACGUAACACCUUCCUUACUGUACCUAUCUCUCUGGAUGAGCAUAACUCCCCUUGUACUGUUGGAACCCCAGAUUUCACUUGAGUUGUAUACAGUGCAUUAUACAAGGGCGAUUAGUGAAGCACCCCUUAUUGUGAGCAUGUGGGAUUGUCAUGUCAUCCCAAUGAACAGGGGCUAAUAUGCCACUCCCUCUCUUAACCAAUACAGUAUGUCUAGAUAACCCUUUGUAAACUUGUGAUUCCCCCACAGCACUCUCAACAACAAGAAACUAGUAGGCUGUUACAAACAGUAGGAUAUUUAACAUCUCUUAAAAAAAACUCUGUAUUGUGUUUUCGUAAAUUAUUGUAACAAUGAGCUGAUGUGUUGUUAUGUGGUUUCAUCAUAAUAUACCCUUUUUCCUUUUACUGUUACAUCUCUCUGAAAGCAAUACAGUGAGUGGUCUUUGCUGAGGAUACAACUUCCUCAUACACACACAUCUCCGCACAUGUGUACUACAGUACGGGACAGUCAGAGGGAGAGAGAGACAAACCCCUGCAGGGUCUGUGCACAGAGACUGGAUGCCUGGGACAGGACAAAAUAGUAAGCAGGAGGCAGCAAACAGAGUGAGGAAAGGCCUAUGACUGCACCAGGAGAGUGAAGAUACUCCAAUGCUGUUUGUGUUGUCCCCCAGUGAUCAAGUCUCUGUAGUGUUGGCCAAAUCGUUGGGACAGGGAACACGAAUAGAAAGACAUUUUGAAGGAAAGCAAGAUUUAGAUAGAUACAUUUAACAAUAUAAUCACAAUUUUAAGUCAAUAUCAAGAGAAGUUUGUGACGAACAAAGACAGUCAUAAAUUGAUCUCCAAUGUAACAAUUGUAUAUUUUCAGUCUUCUCAACUACUCCAUUGUUAAAUAUGAAUUCAUUUGAAUGGCUGCUUAUGCUAUUGGUUCCACUGUGAAAAGUGACAUUAUUGUGUAACAAUAGCGCACAAUUGCUUAUUGGAGCAGUUCUCUUAUUUUUUUAACAAAGAAGCUAAUUACUCAGAUUAACUUGCUGUCGGUAAAGAGGUUGGCGGAAUUGUAUAACAUUACAUGACUAUAAAUUAGGAUUCAGUGUGUGUGUGUGUGUGUGUGUGUGUGUGUGUAGUAUGUUGUGAUCAACAUUUAGGCAUGUCUGUGGAGUUUGUCAGAUUAGUGGUAUGUUGCUGGAUCAAGGUUGAGGGCACCCCAUUGCCUUUAAAAUACUGGUAGUUUGGCUCUUGGAGGUGCCAUUUUUGUACUCUAACAGGAGGGAUAAGGGCCCCAGAUAUUAAUGUGUAAUUGUGCCUUGUAGAUUCUCAAGGCUGAACCACAGAUAGAACCAGAUCUCUCACAGGAUGUAUAAAUCUGAAGCAUCCCUUUAUAGCUUCUUCUCACCACCAAAUAUUGUGAUGAGAGGAAGUCCAGUGGCGGGAAGUGGGAGAAUAUGGAGCUAGAUGAAACCUGCUAAUUUUCUCAUAGAUGAAACAUUCAAUCUCAGUACAGUUUUCUGUUCCCAAAACGAACAUCUGUUAAAAACAGAGUAGACAGUUUUUUAGACUUCACCCUUUCUAAAAAAAAAUGGCAUUGUUUAGAAGGAUUACAAGGGCAAAUUGAGUAAUUGCACAAUCGCAACUUCACAGAGUAGGAGUUCUCUAACGGAAAUAUGCAAAUACAUGCUAGAACGCGCCAAUAGGAUCUCGCUAGUUCGUGCUUAGCUCUGCCCAGCUCUUUGCUUGUUCUGCUCAAUAUGCUUAAUUUGCUCCCAUUGCAAACAACAUCGGUGGUGUAUCUUGGGUUAGUAAAAAUCUGUGGCUGAACUGUAACAGGUGUAUAGUUCCCAAAAAAAUGAUCUUUAUGUCCCACCCUAAAACCCUUUUAUUUUGAGUUAUGUACUGUAAUGAUAUGAUGCUGCUUGAUGUCGGUAAGGUGUCAUUUGAAUUUAUUUGAGUGUGUGCACUGCAGUGGAAGAAAUAAUAGGGAUCGUCAAUGGCAGAGAUAAUCAACGAGCAAGUUAUCAAAAUAUCGAGAAUGAAAGAAAAAGCACCUUAUGAUAUUUACAAGUAUUCUUUCCCCCUAAGAUUCCCAUGGUUAGUUAAAAAACUGGAAUGAAUUGAAUUCUUCCUGAAGCAUAAGUCUUACACUGAUGAAAGUACUUUGAAUGCACAGUGGUAUGUACAUGUUAUGUUUGAGCUCUACGGUAUGUUACAACUGUUGGCAUGAUUGGAUGAACAGAUUUGUCUUUUAGUCUCCUUGGUGGUAACCUUGCGUCCUGGUCACGUUAGUGGAGUUUGGUGUCGUGCUUUGGGACGAUGGUCACUCACUCUGUCUGUUCUCCUUGUGCCUGUUAGACGUCACGUUUAUUAACACUCACCUUUCCAACGCUUAACCACUGCUUGCAACACCAUCCUUUCACCAGUCUUCACACAGUCGUUUGUAAAUAGACAUCCACAUGUUUUUAUCACCACAGGAAAACAAAUAGGUAUUGAUAUUAGGGUCUUUAUGGUUGUUGACAAAUGUAUGUCACAUCCAUGAACCCAUUUUCAGAGAGUGUUUUCUUUCUGGAGUCUGCCUUUUUCAGAAAGGGCUGAAGUACAAGAAUGUUUUUAAAAUGUAAUGUAUUAAAGAUGCAAGACAGGAAUAUCAAAUGUAUGAACUUUUUGUUUUGUUUUAAAAAUCACAAUAGGACACAUACCAAGACCUAGAUUCAAUCAGAUCAAGCGUUAACCAGCGAUAGCAGACACCUGCAUAGCGAAUGUUUUGGUGGUGUUGGAGAAGGAAACUGCGUUGGAGCUGUCAAGUUAUUAAGCAGCUGCUCUUGCAAUCAUCAGGAAGCCACACCCGCCCCCCCCAACUCGCAUUAGAAGUUCAGAGUGAGAACAUGUACACUAUAUAUAUAAAUAAUUACACUCAAAUAAAAAACUCAUUCAACAAAAUGAGGAUUUCCAUCAUCCUAAUCGAGGUGUAGAUUACAUCACAUUCCAGUGUUUGAAGUUGUAAACAAGGCUGCAUGGGAUUUCUGUUAAUAAUUUGACUGCAGCCAAUGGCAAUGUCCUCCUUAGGUAUAAGAGAGCCACUUGUGGAUCUGACAGCUCUAACACAGUUCCACCUCCGACACUAUGCGGAUGUCGGCUAAAGCGCCUCUGAUUGAAUAGAGCCCUAAAUCUACAUUUGACUUGACAGUAGGAAUGGUGGUUAGCAUCUCAAUGGUUGGUCAAGGUGUGCUAUUACCAACUCCAACUCUGUAGAAGAAUAAAUUAACACUUUUAUCUGCCUCUUACACUUAGGCCUGUACUCACUAUAUGUUAGAAAUCUACAUGGAACAAAGAAUAAUCCGGUUUCAUGCAUAUUCUUCCAAAUGUUUUGUGUCACUGGUGAGCUGACCAAGUGCCCAACUGUAAUUGUGAGGAUAGGUUGAAGGUCAUGCUCCCAAAUGCAGCACCUGACACACACAGCCCUUGAAUGUCAUCCAGACAUCCCUCCCACACCCCCCAUGUGAGACUAACAGUAACAGUCCUUUGGCAUGUGUUAUGUAGUGUGCUUCUGUAAAGCAUCAAGGAGCUCAUAGCUGUGCUUCAUCUUAGAGCACACCUGUAGUGUGUAUUAUUCUCCAUAGUGCACACCAUAAGAGCAUGCAGAAGACAAUGGAUUGUAGACAUCUGUCAUAGAUAGGAGUUCAUUGUUUCCCCUUCGAUUUGAGAUGUAAUUUGGUAUGAAAGAGAUGUUCAUUGUGAUUAAUUGUUAUCUAGUGAUGUGAAUAUUAAUCAUGAAAUAAAAGACAAGCAAACA